GUCUAAAUCACUUUUAAAAGUCGAAAGAAUCAAACCAAACAAGAAGACCCAUGUUCCACUGUCUCUCUCCCCACUUUACAAAACGAUCACUCACCACACUUCAUGGAUGAGUCGGUGAGCCUCCACCGGAGACUAAGCUCGGUCGAAUCAUCGUCAGAGUAUAAUAUGACCAAAGAUGGGUCCCAUGAUGGCCCUCUAAGCUCCGACUCCGGGACCGAGUCUAACCGAAGCUCUGACUUAACAGCCUCAACGGGACUGUCAACGAUCAUACGGGUCUUGUCUGAUUCUCUACUGAGAACGGAACUGGCGGAGAUGGAGAUGAUGAAGGCUCGCGAGGCAGCGAGGUGGGAAGCUGAGAAGAGAAGGAUGGAAAUGGAAGUUGAGUUGACUCGAAUGGUGCUUCAGACUCAUUUACAGGUAACAACGUCGUUACUUGUCGAAGAACAGGAGAUUGUUCCGUCACAAAGGAAAAGGAAGAGAUCAGAAGUUAUAGAAGACGAGUCAUCCACCACAAGGGAAAAGAGUUUAGCUUUAUUGCGCUUACUCCAAGUUAACCUAAUCUUCUCGAACUCAUUGACCUGAGAAAAUGUUAAGUGUCAAAGUCAAAGAUCAACUGGAUGAUGAUGUCACGCUCAGAAACUGUCAUAUUAUUCUUAUGUUAUGUGUGUGUUUACUAUACUAUUAGUUAGAUGUUUACCCUUUUCUUCCAAAGUCUCUAAUGAAUAAGAUUUUACAAUCUACAGGCUAUGAUUUUAGUCAGAAACAAAUAUGAGAUGUGUCGUUUAGUCCCUUCUUCAAUUUCCAAUAAAUAGUUUUACUCCCUCUGUUUCA